UAUCUAUCUACGUUUUCAUUGGCCUGCAGAUUAACAAACUAUCGAACAGAGAUUGUUAUAAUAUAAAGAAGAUGAACGUGUGUUAAGGUUACGUUAUCGCUUCGUUUGUGGGUAAUUGUUACGUCACAGUGUUAUUACCUCUUCGAGUCAGUUGAAGGCCGCAAAGCCGGCUCAGCGGUCGAGUACUACAUACUAUCUAUUAAAAUUAAUUCGUGUGUACAAAGUCCUAUUUUUAUUAAACGCCGGCGUGUGCGUAAACGUAAAGAUUUAAAGCCAAUUUGAUUUACCGAGCUGCUUGUACACAGAUCUACACAGCUAACAAUAAUAUUGAAUCAAAUUGGAAUUGUAUUGUUAAAUUGUAAAUACACCUUACUAGGUAUCUACUAUCAGUGCUAUAUCGGUUACGUAUUGGUGAUAAGCGAAGUUUAAGCCUAGUGUCAGUCUCAGAUAUAAUAAUCAGGUCAAUAGUGUGCGCGCUAUGGUGAAAUAGUUGUAAAUUAUAAAUAAAAAUAAUUCUAGAUUCUUGAGGGCUUUGUUAUGGCCUUAUGGCCAUUUAAAAUGAAGUAUUCGAAAAAUCUUGUGUUGUUUACGUUGUUCGCGGUGAACUUGGUGGACCAACCAGCGCCGGUGGUGGAGAUCACUCAAGGGAGAUUGAGCGGGAAGGUCAGCGAUGACGGGUCGUACUUCGAAUACGUUGGCAUACCGUAUGCGACGACCAAUCACAGCACCAGGUUUCAAGCACCUGGACCGCCCCCAUCAUGGAAGGGUACCUUCAAAGCCACGGACCACAUAUACAUGUGCCCACAGAACUCCAAGUGGAGCACAGUUGGCCGAGAGGACUGUCUGACGAUAAACGUCUACGUCCCAGCCAUGCCCCUGCAGCGCCCUCUGCCCGUCAUGGUCUUCAUCCACGGCGGAGCCUUCGCCUUAGGCAGCGGAGGAAAGUUCCUCUACGCGCCAGAUUAUCUAGUCAAACAUGAUGUGAUCAUAGUUACCUUCAACUACAGAUUAGGGGCACUAGGCUUCAUGUGUCUAAAUAUAAAAGAGGCGCCUGGAAACGCUGGCUUGAAGGACCAGCUGGCGGCUUUGAGGUGGGUAAAGAAAAAUAUUGCUGCGUUCGGCGGUGAUCCUGAGAAUGUGACUGCUUUUGGCGAAAGUGCUGGAGCUGCUUCACUGUCUAUGCUUGUAGCUAGCGACGCAGCCAAUGGCCUGUUCCAGAGGGCUAUUAUACAGAGCGGAUCAUCUAUAGCCAACUGGGCAAUCAACAGGAAGCCCGUGUGGGUGUACAGCCUCAUUGCGAAACAGCUGGGCUAUGAUACAGAAGACCCGUACGAGCUGUACAAUAUAUUCAAAGACCUACCCGUAGAGGAUUUUCUCAGGACGAGACCGAAGAAACCUUUGGACAAGUUCUUCGACACGCAACUAUUACAUUUACCGUGCGUUGAGAAAUCUUUUCCUGGCGUAGAGCCUAUUAUAACAGAUUUGCCGUAUAAUAUUCUUGAAAAGAAGAAACUGAAUAUAUCUAUCAUUCAUGGAUCGAACAGUAAAGAAGGUUUAUUUUUAAUUAGUGAAGAGACUACGCCUGAGUCUGUCAAUGAAAGGAACGGCCGUUAUUUAUUUGCUUCUGAUUUAGAAUUCAAAACAGAACUAGAAGCUGAAGAAGCAGCGAAAGAAGUAAAAGAAUUUUACUUCGGAGAGGGGACUAUUGAUAUGUCAAAAAUACUGAACAUGUCAGAUCUUUAUACUCACUUGUACUUUGAAAUACCGUCGUUGCUAGAAAGCGAGCUUUUGAUAAAAAAUACAGACAAACCGAUUUAUAAUUACUACUUCGACUAUUGGGGCAGCAGAAAUAUUUUGAAAGCUAGAUCAGGAUAUCGGGACUCUGAAGGGGCUUGCCAUGCCGAUGACUUAUUCUAUUUGUUCAAACCAGACUUUUGGCCAAAUUAUAUGGAAAUCUGGAACAGAAAGGAUAAUGAAAUAAUAGGUACUAUGACUAAAUUGUGGACAAACUUUGCUAAAUACGGAAAUCCAACGCCAGAGUCUGCCACGGAUCUACCACGGUGGUUCCCCAGCUCUCGAGAGGGGUUAAAACUGCUCCAUAUAGGGAAAGAGGUCAAAAUAGGCCCCGUACCCAACCCCGAGGCCUACGAAAUGUGGAGGCGCGUAUUUACAACCCAUCGACGAAAGACGGUAUAGAUAGGAAAUUUAUUAGUAAAAUUAUUUUUUUA